GUGGACUCCCAUCUUCUAUGUUAACUAAGAGGAUCUACCGAUCUUGCGAUCAACCCAGCUACUUCCUUGCUUUACCAACACUACCAUGGCUCUGGAAGACAUUUGUAACUUCAAAGACGAGCGUGUGCAACAGCUGUUUCCUUUUCCAGCUUUGGAGACAGACUCCCACGACCUGGAGCUGAAGAGGCUGAAGACGUCUCAGACGCACUGCGGGACGCCACAGCGCGUUUUCGUGCCCCCUCUCCGUCGGGUCGACCCGUCAGAACCGCCGCUGACCGCGCAGAGGCCUUUCCCUCUGUCUCACGGAACCACGACCCUGGGUUUCGUUUUCCAAGGCGGGGUCAUCGCGGCGGCGGACACGCGUGCCAGCGCCGGGGGGCUCGUCGCCUGUCCGGCGGUUCACAAGAUCACCCCCAUUCACUCCCACUUGGUGGUCACCUCCUCGGGCAGCGGGGCGGACUGCAUGCUCUGGGAGCGCAUCCUGACCAGAGAGAUCAGACUGUAUGAGCUGCGGCACAAGCGUCGCCUCUCCAUAAGAGGUUCUGCCAAGCUCCUUUCCCUCAUGCUGCAUCCGUUUAAAGGCACGGACGUGUGCGUGGCUCUCACUCUGUGCGGUUGGGAUAAGGAAGGAGGGGGAACUGGUCUGGCUCACAACCUGGACAACUCAUCCUCUGUGACGGAUGCGAGCUCUUCAGCCCCCAGCAGCGGCCCGCGGCUGGUCUACGUGUGCAGCGACGGCGCCAGGCUGCAGGGAGACGUCAUCUCCGUUGGAUCCGGUUCUCCUUACGCGUACGGAGUCCUGGACGGAGGUCUGAGCUGGAGUCUGAGUAAAGAGGAAGCCGUCUCCUUGGCAAGAGAAGCGGUGUUCAGAGCCACCCACAGGGACGCCUACUCGGGCAACAACGUGGACCUCUUUCACGUCACAGCCCAGGGAUGGAGCCAAAGACCAAGGGAGGACCUGAGAGAAGAAUAUUAUCGAGACAUGGAGAGGAGGUCCAACCGUGGAAGAAGAAGAAAAAAGGACAGAUACGAUGGAGAGUAGUUAGAUGAAAACCAUGGAACCGUGUUGGGCUUUGGAGGAGGAAAUGAUACAUCUAGGCUGAAUAAAAGUAGUUUAAAAAACACUUGAAAUUGGACUAUAUCAUCUAGUUUUAAAAGUUAUGCG